AUGCUCCCCGAGCUGUCGCGGGAGUCUCCGGUCUACUACCAUAAUGAAUGCAUCCGUGAUCUACUCGACUUGAGCUUGGACCCUGAACAAGUUCAUAAUGAGAACCUCCUCGCAGCAGCGGUCAUUCUUCGUACCGACGAAGAGAUGAAUGGGCCUCUUAGCUAUGGCGACGAGGACUCGGAGGUCUUUCUCCGUAUGCUCAACAUUUUUAUAGACGCUCAAAUUCCAUCAACCCAAGUGCUCACAGAAGAUUCGCCAAUGGUCCCUUCUUCUCAUCUGAGUUUUCAGCCGGAGUUCCGUUCGCCGGCAAUGUCACAACCAACGCCUUCAGAUCACCAAGCGGGGCCAUUCUCGCCGAGCUACACCUCUCAAGCAGGGGGUGACGCUAUUAGUUUACGCCGGGCAGUGUUUGCCGUUGCUCUCAGACAGGAACUCUUUACAUCAUUCCUGAAACAACGGCCCCUGCACUUUCAACUCUCACACUACGAGAGAUUUCGAGACUUAUCUCCCGCUCAAGAUGCCGUCUGGGCACAACGCGCUGUGGUUUUCUGUGCCGACGUCUUCGAGUACUGCUACGGAAGCAGGGGUGGAUCCGAGGUCUAUCACUUCCACCACAGCGGUAUCGAGCUCUGGAACCGACUACAGCAGUAUGAACGGCAAUUCAGAAUAUCUCUACCCCCGUCGUUCGAGCCUAUCCACUCUCGUCUCCCGGACCCUAAUCGCGGCGAAGUAUUCCCGGAAGUUUGGCAUCUCAAUACAUACCAUCGCACUGGAAUGGCGCAUUUAGAGCUUGCACGACUUCUCCUUGCAGUCUUCGAUCCUACUCGGCCUCGAUUAGGCCCAGGGUCAAUGUCUAGUCAUCGGGAACUAGGAAGGCGGUUAAGGGAAAUCGUGCUCCGCCUGUGUGGGAUAGCAAUGUGCAACCGAAGGUCGCCCCCGGCAUUCAUCGAGGCUCUGAUGGGAAUUUCUACCUGUGGUGAAUACUUUGAAGAUCCCCGGGAACAAGAAGCACUCCUGGAGGUGCUGAGAAUCAUACAGGAAGAACAAGCCUAUUCAACUCUCAAGGUCAAAAAGGCUUUGGAACGAGCUUGGUCUUCGGCAUCUACAACCUGA